CGUUCGCCAAGAACCGCUUAGUUUCGGGUGAGCGUACGAAUCGGUCGUAUCGCGUCGUGCCACCACGGUAUCCCGGCACGUUAUUCGCGGCCUCUCUCCUAUCUCUAUCGUCGCUCUCGUUCGAAAACACACGCAGUACACACACACACACACACACGGUGCACGGUGCCUGAUCAUCCCUCGACGUGAUUAUUAUUCUCUAACGUAACAAAAGACGUCGUUCUGAGAGCGAUCCUGCUCCUCCUAUUUCUAUACACCGCGCGCUAUAUCCUUCGUUCAAGGGUACCAGGAGUUUCUUACCUAGCCAAGUGGCUGCUUGUCGACGCCCUCGGACCCGAUUCUCCUCUCUAUCUCACCUCCGCUUUCUCUCCCUUCCCGUCCUGGUGGCUGGCUGCACCAGUAGCCCGCCGUUUAUCGAGCGUGCACGUGCUCCGUUUCGUCCCUUCGUGACACGCUUCCGUCAAUCUGACGGCCUCCAUCCUUGGAUCCAGAUUUGCUUUUACGUUUACCCGUUUGGUGUAUGUCGUGUUUCCAAUGGAUUCGCUGUGAUCGGAUCGGCGUGUUGGAUCGGAUGCUCCGCGGGAGGAUCGAUCUCCGUGGGAGAAUCUUGGAGGUUCCGGGUAUCGUCCACGAUCCGGCUUGAGUAUCGUGGUCCUGACUGGCCAACCACUGGCCGAGAACAGUGCAGGAAACUGUACUCCUCUCUACGAUCUCCACGCGACCUGUUGUUUGAAAAUUAGGGUAAUAUUGGUCGGUGAGUUGUGUGUUGGCCGUGAGAGAAGGAUAUAUCCACGGUACAGUGACCCGACGAAUGUGGUGCGUGAAUUAUUGAGUCGAGUUUCGUUUGAUUCGCCGUUGGGAUGGCAAGUGGACAGGAUUUACCUUGCAGGAUUACGGACAGGGAUCUGACGAGGAUGAUCCUCUUCACGCUCCUAGGCUUUGUCCAGCUUCUCCAGUGUGUUAGAGGGAGCAGCGAGCCAUGGCUGAAGAGCGUGAAGCACGCGGAACUCGGCACAGAGGUGCAACUGCCGUGCGUGCUGAAAUUACCCCAGUGCGAGGGGCUUCACAGCAUCAAAUGGUAUCGAGGCGCGACCCGUAUCUUCAUCUUCAGCGAGGACGUCGGGUUAACGCGGGGGAACAACGACAUAGCCGUCAGGUCUGACAUACAAUACACGACAAAUUCGUCGAAGACAUUCUUGAAGAUUCCUGACGUCAAGUUGGAGGAUGAAGGCCUGUACAAAUGUGAAGCUACUUACUUGGCUGUGAAUCGAGAGUGCAACAAUGUUCAGCAUAUCAUACUUAACGUCACUGUUCAGCCUGCAUUCGUACGUGUCAUCGACGAGACGACGAGGAAGACGUUAAGCACCGGCGCCACUCUAGGGCCUAUAAACGAAGGCUCCGUGAUUUCCUUGUACUGCGAGAGCGGCGAGGGGAAGCCAGUGCCUACGGUCGAGUGGUUCAAGAACGAGCAACCCGUGGAAGCGUCCAGCUUGACGACGAUAGCCGAGAGCGGAAUAGGGAACGCGAGUAGUUUGCUGCAGAUGCAAAUCACACGCGACGAGCUCAAUACAACUUUCACGUGUAAAGUCAACAGUACAGCCCUCGUCGAGCCUCUCACCGUCGACAUCAAGCUCGAUGUUCAUGUUCGACCGUUGAAGAUGGAUUUAGCCGGGGUGGUGGGUCACGUGGUGCAGGGGACGAAAAUCCUGCUUCAAUGCACGGUGCGAGCAGCCAGGCCAGCCGCGAACAUAACUUGGCAGAAUGGUACCGAGUAUUUGAACGCCAGUGACAGGUUCGACAUGUUCGAGACAAAAGUGGAAGAGAAUGAGGAUGGCACGUCGGUGACCAUAGGUUACCUAGCUUUCACGGCCUCUGUGUACGACAAUGGAAGAACGUUCAAGUGUUACGCCGAGAACUCGGUCACACGUUCCGAGGACAUGAAACCGAUGAUAGAGUCGACAACGAUCGAAGUUUUAUAUCCGCCUAUAGUAACGAUGAAACCAGAGAAUAUCACCGUAAAUGAAACCGUAGAUUUUAUAAUAUUUUGCGAUUACGAAGCUAACCCGGCUACCCUAACGAGAGUAUCAUGGUAUCGAGACGACAAGGAAUUAGUUCUAACCGACGAUCACUACGAGGGCGGUAUCACGGAGCAAACGGCCCUCACCGUGAAAAAUGCGACACCCAGUGACAUGGGCACUUACAAAUGUGUACUAGAGAAUAACGUUGCUGCAUCCACUUCAGAGGACGUCGUUCAAGUCUCCGUUCUGUACAAGCCGGUGGUGAAGGUGAUAAUGGACCCGGAAACACCUGUGAACGAGGCUGACCGUCAGAACGUCUCGCUGACCUGCGAGGUUGUUACCGGGAAUCCGGCAAGCCUGACCGCCGUGCGAUGGUACUUGGACGGGGAUCUGUUGAAAGAACUUCCGGAUUGCACGAGGAAUAGCAGCUCGACCACCACGACCACCGAGGAAUCUUUAAUUUUCUGCGAUAUCGAUCCGAGCAAGUUGCUGCUCGAAGCUGUGGGACGCUCCUUUCACGGCAACUACUCUUGCGAGGGUAGAAACGACGCUGGCUGGGGGCCACUUUCGCCGAGUGCGCCUGUCAUGGUCUAUUACAAACCGGGCCCAGCUUCGAUCUCGUACGAGCCCCAGCAGGUGAUAAAGAAACGGCCGUUGACCAUCACCUGCUUCGUGCUCGAUCCAGGACGUCCGAAGGUGGCCGGGUUCAAAUGGCUGCGAGGGCUUCACAGACUUCCGGACGAAAACAACGCGACCCUUACCAUCGAGUCGGUUAAUUUGGAAACCGAGGCGAACUUCACUUGUCUGGCUUACAACGAAGCCGGCGACGGUGAUCCGGCUACCACGUUUAUCGACGUGUCCGCGGCGCCAGCGUUUAUCAAGAAGCUCCUCCCUUAUCACGGCUACGUGUACAAUUCGCCGAACGUUAGCAUCAUGUGCUGGGUGGAGUGCGCCCCGAUGUGCAAUAUCUCGUGGCUGAAAAACGGCGUCCCGAUGGACUUCACGAAAACGAAUCGAUACUACCUGAUGAACGUUCUUCACCCACCUGAUCCGCGAACCAACGAUUUCGAGAGCAUACAAUCGACUCUGGUUUGGAAUCUGACCGCCUGGCCCAGUGGCCAACUCGACCGUGUCGAGGACAACGUUAAAUUCACCUGCGAGAGCAGCAGCAACGGGAUUGGAUCCGGGGUGAAGAGUAGCACCCACUUUCACGUCGAAUUUCCACCGGAAAAUAUGACGAUAUCGAAGAAGAUAAUAAACGUUACCGUCGAUACGAUACCGGAAACGGUGACCUGUAACGCGAAGGCGCUCCCGGAACCGACUUUCCGCUGGUUUCGGGAAGGUUCCACGGACAUCAUAGUCGAAGGCCGUGUUCUCGACCUGAAAGUGCCGAUUCCUAGGCGGAGCAACGGCACCUAUUACUGCGAGGCGUCGAAUCGUCACGGAACCAAGAACAUCUCCUUGAUCAUGAAUGUUCAAUUUAAGCCAGAGUGUCACGUGGAAAGGGAGCGAAUAGACGGGGAGGAUUACGUGGUGUGCUCGGCGAUGGCCAAUCCGAAGGAGACCGAUUUCGUUUGGUCGUUGAAGAGUGACAAUGACACGUUGGAGCAGAUCGCCGUUGCGCGCAAUGGGAAAAGCUACAUCCGCCUCGAUACAUCGGUAACCAAUUUCCGGACGUAUGUUUGCGUUGCGAACAACUCCAUCGGCCAUUCCAGCCCUUGCGACCGUGACGUGCCAGCUCACCAUGGACAUCGAAGUCAUAUACCUUGGUGGCAUCAAUUGGAAGGAAAUCUUCUUUUGAUCGUGAUCGUUGCCGCGGUUGUCCUUAUACUUGUGAUAAUCAUCAUCUGCGUGAUCAUCUUCAUCGUUUGUCGACGCAAGCGAAACCAGAUGAAAUACAGUAAUCGGGUGGUCGAGCUGGAGGAACGUGAACAUCCAGACGGUGGUCCACCGAGUCCAACAGUGUCCUCCCACUCGACCCAAACGACGGUCCAUCCAACCGCCGCGCCCAGGUGGCCACUGAAACCCGGUGUGCUGGUGCACAUCAAUCGAAGCCAUAGCCUGCGAUCGGGGCUGAGCGUACGCGCGUCGAACGAGUCGCCGCUUCGUAACGAGCUGAUGGGCGGCCGGAACGAGCCGACUAUGGCCGAUCGUUUCAUCGUCGAGACAACGAUCGCGAAGGUCGGCGGCGGGGGCGGGAAAAUGUUUCGCAGGCGGAAGGAGGCACCGCAGAGGAGGUUGACCGUGUCCGGUCUGCAUGACGAGGGUAUGCUUGCCAGGGCUAAUAAAAUUAAGGCGAUGUUUGGAGUGCAGCUUAAAGAGCAGGCCACUUUGCCGGGAAUUUCGAGGGAGAAGACAGCCGUGACUUACAAAAGAAUAGCGCCGCAGCGGAAGGUAUUGCAUGCGGAAUCAUCCCGCGAAUUGAACCGGGCCAACGUCUCCCGUAAGCGAAAGAAACCAGGCGCAGAUCCCAAUCAAGCUGCGAAUAACAAUCACGUGAACAGCGUGUCGGAGGGACUUCCGGAGUCCGGGGCGAAGACGUUUUACGAGAAUUUGCCUUUCCACGGGAUCCAAUCACCGCCUAACAAGUUGGUUUCCCCUAUGUUUGCCCGAGUUUCGGCUUUGCAUGGCACGUUGCACCACCACCACCACCACCAUCAUCAUCAUCAUCACCGCUCCGUGCCGAGCUCGCCGUGCCCCUCGCGGCCUCCCAGCAGAACUGUGUCGCUCUGCGACGCGAGUUCCGGUUACGAGUCGACGAGGAGCCAUCUAGGCCCCCACUAUAGCGAGUACAACGUGCCCAGGAACAAUUCGCCCGUGUUGAGGUACAACAGCUUGAAGCCGCGGCGAAGGAAGAACAAGCGUUCCCAAUUCUACUCGCUCAGAUUGUGCCGCGAGAACGCGCAGCUACACAGGAAGUAUCAGCUUUACGCUAUACCGAUAUACAAGUGCCCGCACAAGGCAGCAGAAAGCGCGAGCACGAUAACGUCGAUCGUGAGAUCAUCGGAUACGACUUUGUCCGCGAGUCGAAAUCGAUCCAACGACGAGGAAGAGGAGGAGGAGACGGAGGAGAAUAAAGGAGAGCCAGGGAUCGAGAAACGUUCCCAGAAGCCGCCACCCGUACCCGCGCCAAGGAAGUGCAAGAGGACCGAUCCCUCGAAGCACACGUAUCAAAACGUUCCCACCCCCGUUUUCCCGGCGAAAAACACCCCGUUGUUGCUCGACGGAGCCAAGACCGACAGCCUCUACAACUACAAAGAACACUACCAGCAACAGCACAGGCAGGAGAUGCAGCAGUACAGCUACCCGUUACCGAGCAACAGUUCCAGCCAACUAACACUGCCACUAACGCGCAGCCUCUAUCAUUCCUCGAUAGUUAGCCCCUUACAGACCUCGUACGUGCACGCGAACAGCCGGCCCCCAACAUUCGGGCAACAGCACAACGAGAAUCACGUGAUGCCAAUGACGACGGGGGCCGGUCAUCGUCCGGCCGAGGACCAGCAGAAUUACGCGAACCACGAGCCGGCGAACCGGCAACCAGGGCAGCGCCGCCACGGAUCGGCGAACCGGUCGAGCGAUCGGGGCCAGAAAUACAGGAAGCACAAGCGUAGCAGCGAGAGAAAGCAGAAGCAGAGGCGGCCGGAUGUGUCCUCGAGGAGGGGGGAAACGUACGCGACUACCACCACCCCCUCCUGCGAGACGAGUUUCCACCAGGUGCAGGAGCUCGGUAUACCCGAGACGUACAAAAUCUCUUAUCCCCAUUAUUACGAGGACGACAUAGCGGAGUGUCCGACCGAUUAUCACAGAACGAAUCCGAGCUCCCGCCAACAGAUAUGGGAGAGGCAAUCGUCGAAUCGUUGCACGGCCGAGAGCGGUACGCAUUACGCGGACAGUACGGGGGACAGUAAGAACAGGAACAAGUCGAAGAGACUGUCGUCGAAUUUGGGCGAUGGAAGAUCGCCGUCCGCGCCUACGAUAAUGCAGUACGCCGAGCUGCACUUCCGGGACGUCGGUCAGGAGAUCGAUGUCUAAAAGGAGGGUCAGCAGACAAAGAGCGAUACGUACAUUUACUAGGACAUUUUGGCGUCCGACAUGCCUUCCCUUCAAGCCGGAAUUUUCGGAUCUCGACUACGCGGAUGUGGACUACCGCUCCUACGGGCCGAUCAACUACAAAGCU